CCUCUCAAUCUAUGUUAGCCAAAGGCCAUGCGUCUUUCAUGUUCUUCACCAAAUCGGGGAUUUGACUAUUUGAGAUGUUAGACACAGAAGGGUCCGAUGGUCCAUCGUUUUCUUCCAUAUACAGGGGUUCUCUUUCGGUCUUCUAAGACGAUCAGAUCUGUACAAGAGAGAGGAAGAGGAAGGAGAUAAUGGUGGAGAAGAAGAGGCACCACUUCGUCUUGGUCCACGGCUGCUGCCAUGGAGGGUGGAGUUGGUACAAGGUGGCCUCCUUGUUGAGGGGCGCCGGCCAUGAGGUGAGGCCGCUGGACUUACGAGCAUCCGGCAUCGAUGCGGCCACACCCGAUCAGGUCUCGAGCUUUGCCGACUACAACCAGCCGCUGGUGGACCUGCUCGAGUCCUUGCCGGCCCAUGAAGGAGUUGUGCUGGUCGGUCAUAGCUUCGGCGGUCUCAGCAUCGCCUCCGCCGCAGAGAGGUUCCCAACCAAGGUCGCCGUCGCUGUCUUCGUCACUGCGGCCAUGCCCAACCCCAAGCUGCCACCUUCCAUGCUCCUACACAAUUAUUUCUUUGUCCAGAAGGAGCGGAUUGAGUCAUGGGAAGACUCAAGUUUGGUGGCUCACACGGAUACAUCAAGACUUCUGCCGGCCACGAUUGAGUUUGGGACGCAAUUCAUGCGUUCUCGCCUGUACAACAACUGCUCCGUCGAGGACUACACUUUGGCAACGAUGCUAAAGAGAGCCGCACCGUUUGAUCGAGACGACUUGUCCUGCCAUGAUUUUGUUUCCGAGAUAAAUUAUGGUAGAACUAAACGAGUUUAUGUGGUGUGCAAAGAUGACCAAGUAAUAAAGGAGAGUUUCCAACGGUGGAUGAUAGAAGUGGGUCAAGUGGAUGACGUGAUGGAGAUUAAGGGUGCUGAUCACAUGCCCAUGUUCUCAAAACCCCAUGACCUCUGCAAUCUCCUCCUUCAGAUUGCUGAUACCCACUCUUCCUGAUUCAACUUUAUGUAUGAAUUGCCCUUUGGUUAAUUAGCUGUCUAGUUUGUAAGCUAUAAUCUGCAUCAUGCAGUGUUAUACUUUCCUGAGUUUGGAUGUUAACCACAAAAAUGAGAAUAUGGAUCCCAAAUCAUGUAUAAUGUAUUUGGAAAC